AUGUCCAACUCAGCUCUACCCGAGGUGUCCUAUCUCACCAACGACGACUCGAUGCUCUCCCGUCGCUUCGGCAAGGAGAUUCUCAACUACUACGCUGGAGGCACGCUGAACCGGUACUCAUUCUUGCGUCCAGAUACUGCUUUCUUGAGCAGAGCCGCGACGCAACCCAACACGCGGUUCGUUGCGCUCAACGGACUCAACCCGCUGGUGAAGGAGCAGACAGAUCUACAGUACCUCAAACUGGAUGACGUGAAGCCCCUCAUUGGGGAACAGCCAUUUGUAUUGAGCGAGGAGGACGAGAUCAAGAAUUUCGACUCAAGCAAAAAGAACCCGCUGCUGGUAUUUCUAGGAUUGCUGGACGAUGAGAGCGCCGAGGAGAUUGCCACUACCAACCAUGGCAGCGUAAAGGGUCAACCCUUUUUCGCGGUGGACAUCACACCGAGAGAGCCCUUUACCGAGGCGGCUACAGCAUUGCUGAAGGACCAAGAAGCCCAGGGGGCCAGCGUACAAGCGAGUCCCAUGAAGAUGGUCCUGCAUCCUGAGUCAGCUGCCAUUUAUGCUCAAGCCCGCUCCAUGAUCGAUUGGAACACGCGGUCACCGUUCUGCGCUGGCUGUGGCCAACCCUCGCUCUCGGUCCACGCAGGUUACAAACGCGUCUGCCCGCCCACAGAUGCCGCGUCCUCCACGCCUCGGGGUGAGUGCCUCACUCGCCAGGGGGUUUCCAACCUGUGCUUCCCUCGGUCCGAUCCCACCAUGAUCGCAGCUGUUGUUUCGGCGGACGGCCAGCGCGUCCUAUUGGGCAGGCAAAAGCGCUUCCCUCCUCACUGGUACUCCACCCUUGCAGGUUUCCUCGAGCCUGGCGAGUCCAUUGAAGAAGCCGUGCGCCGCGAAGUCUGGGAGGAAGCGGGUGUCUACGUGGGCCGCGUCGUCAUCCACUCAUCGCAGCCAUGGCCCUAUCCCUCCAGCCUGAUGAUCGGUGCCAUUGCGCAGGCUCGGCCCGGCAAGGAGGACAUUGUACUGAAUGACAAGGAGUUGGACGAUGCAAAGUGGUUCAGCAUCGACGAUGUGCGCACAGCGUUGAACAUUGGCACAGGAGGUUUAGGCGAAGGUCCACCUGAGGGAUACAAGGAGGGCGAUUUGAGGCUGCCACCCGCGCAGGCUAUCGCGAACAGACUACUCUCGGCCGUGGCAGAGGGAUUCUUGGUAGCUGUGCCAAAAAUAUAG